AUGCCUGAAGAACAGCUUAUGGCAAUCAUGGUCUUGAAAGAAAGUUUUGAUGAGCAGGUCAGGCUGGAAGAAGUCAAGGCUUUGCGUGAUGAAAACUUACCCUGGUAUGCUGAUAUAGUGAAAUUCAUGGUGUCUGGAGAAGUUCCUAGUAGUUUUAAUGCUUACAAGAGGAAGAAGUUCUUCAAGGAUGCUAGGCACUACUAUUGGGAUGAGCCUUACUUGUACAAGAGAGGACCAUAUAACAUUUACAGGAGAUGCAUAGCUGAAGAAGAUGUACAAGGAGUUCUUGAGCAUUUCCAUGGGUCUGCUUAUGGAGGUCACUUUGCCACAUUCAAAACCGCAACUAAGGUUUUGCAAUCUGGGUUAUGGUGGCCUACUUUGUUCAAAGAUGCAGCAAGUUACAUUGCCAAGAACAAUCCAUUCCAAAGGAAAGGAGGAAUCACCAAGAGAGAUGAAAUGCCACUAACCCAAUUCUAG